UCCACUUAAAGAGAAACACCCACAGUCCUGACUGUCAGACCACCAUGGAGCCUUCUAGAACCCACCUGCUUCUCUGUAUGUCUGCAGUGCUUCUGUGCUGUGUGAGCACUGAUGAAGAGAGGGAGGCCUUGAGAUCCAAAGAGGGAGGAACAGUCACCCUCAGAACCAGAAAGGACGGGUGUGACAGCAACCCCCAGGUGGUGUGGAUGUUCGGACCAGAGUCAGCCAACAAACGGAUCGCCAGAAUGAAGAAUGGAGAGGUGAAGUUGGACUACAUCGACCACUUCAGAGACAGACUAGAGCUGGACCAUCAGUCUGGAUCUCUGACCAUCAGUGGGCUCAAACACAAUGACUCUGGAGUCUACAUGUGCCAGUCCAUUGGCUCCAAAAUCUUCUCCCAGCUCUUCAACCUGACCGUGUACGCGUCUAUCUACGCUCCGACCAUCAGGACGAACUCGUUGGACCCCGCCGGCGCCUGCAGCUCCCUCGCCGUGGAGUGCAGCGUGCAGAGCGGCAGAGAGCUGGAACUGUCGUGGUUCAGAGGCGGAGACAAACUGAUGGAGACGAGCCGCCCUGAUUCGUCCUCCAUGCUCCGCCUCUCUCUGCUCAUACAGUCGGGUGGUGAAGACGUUUACACGUGUGUGGCUGAAAACCCCGUGGAUCAGAAGAGCAGCAGAAUACACACCAAGGACACGUGUUUGAACAACGGAGAGGCGCUCAGGUGUCAAACUGAAGUGACUGUGCGGCUCGCCGUCUCAGCCGUUCUGGGCCUGGUCUUGAUGGUUCUGGUGGUGGACCACGUCAGAUUCAGACGGCGGAUUCAACCGAGACUCUGUGGGUCGCGAUGUCACAGCAGGAGGGAGAACAAGCGGGAACACUGAUGUUCCAGGAAGAACCUCAGCUUGGAAGGAAAUCAGUGAAGAUGAAACUGGUGCUUGAGCUAACGAGGAUCCGAAUAAACAAACUAAACAAAAACCUUAAACAUGCUAAACCUUCAAACUUUACAGGAAUAACAGUGAACAGUCACAUGACCGGGCGGUCAGGGUAAAGACCUGCUGAUACCAUGUUUACUUUAUAUUCCAGAUGAAGUCUGCAGCUCAUGUCUGUCUAAUAAAGCUGUCCUACAG